AUGGCUCCCCCUACCGAGGACUACUACUGCCACCGUUUCCAGCCCAACACCUUUGACCCCUCCCGCUGCGGCUCCUGCCUACGGCCGGAUCACAUGCACCUCAACACCUCCUCUGACGCACAGCAGCUGGACACACAGGAACAGCAGGAUGCAGAUGACGAUAACUUUUCUCUCUCUGACGUGACCACAAGUGCCAGUAGUGAUGACCUCAGCGGUGGCUGGACGUACGAGUGGAGCCUGGUCCACAGUCUGAGUCCUGAGUGGGAACUUAAUAUCUGCGACACUGACAUACAAUCCAGCUCUUCAACUCAUUGGGACUCUCUAAAGAGGAGCAGAUCCCUCAGCUCUGAUCGGCACCUUGUGGCCCAGAGAGAUAUGACCCGGCUGGACUCUUCUCCCCAUCGUGACACUGAAAGCUCCUCGAUGGAUGAGAGGAGGGGCAGAAACAGGUCUCGGCGGCCAUCAGAGUCCAGAGGAAACCGGGAACAGGAGAGUGGCUACUUCUCUCCUGAAAGAAGAGGUGAUGGUGAUCAACAAUCAGAGGAGGUUAAAAAGACAUAUCGUUACUAUGAGAGAGGCCAUCCCCUCCCCAGCAACUAUGUUCUUGAGCCCAAAGCCUGCGUUCCCUUCAGGAAUGUCAAUCUCGGCAUACCCUCCCAGCGAAGGAGCACAGAAACAUUUAUACAGGAAAGUUGGAGAAGUGAAUCCCCACAGAGAUACACAUACCACUCCAACUUCAGACGGGGAACAGAUUCAGAGAGAAAUUCUCCCACCCGUCACAGCUCUGUGAGCCCAGACCGACACAAAUUACCUGACUCUCCUUCAGGGAACCAGAGAAGGAGCUCCCUUUCCAGGAGUCAGUCUCGGUCUCAUGCCCCCUCCCGUGUCUCCUCCCAACUUCCAUCUCAUGCUCCCUCUAGGCACUCAUCAGGCCGCUCUAGUCCAUCACGCAGGAGGCCAUCCAAUACCUCACAGGCUGCCACACCCUCUCGUGCCACCCCAUCCCACAAACGCACAGAUUCCUUCCAUUUCCAGAACGGUGAUUACGAUGCACAAAAGGGAGGCAGCAGACACUCAAGAAGUCCAUCACAGUCUUCAAACAGGCACAGUUUAGACUCAGAGAGACUCUACAGAAAUCUGGAGUCCAUCUCCCAUCACAACUCCUCAUCCACUCAGCACAAGUCAUACGAGGGCUCUCCGGCAUCUCCUCGUACCAGGACAGCCAUCAACAGCUCUGGCAACACUCGCACACAAAGCAGCCGAGAAGUGUCACCAUCCAGAAACGGUUACACACACAGUUCACACAGCCAUACUCCACAAAGGGAGCCCCGCUCUAGAGACAGCAGGCUUAGCCCCUCUCAGGGAUCCUGGCAGGGGUCUUCACACUCGGUACUCAGCCCCCCACUGUCACAUGUUUCUUCUCACAGCAUCAGAGGCUCGAUGUCCAAUGUUGCACCCACAGAAACUGAUAAGGGCACUGAGGGAGGUAAUACACUCAGUGGUGACAGAAGCAUGAGUAGCACAAGGCGAGGCAUGGAUGCCUUGUUGUUCUCUGAACCCAAGAAGACAGCAGUCGAGACAGACGAGGUGGGGAUGACCAUAGACGACUACAUAAUGUUGGCUGAUAUUCCAACGAUUCAUCUGGAGUCAGAGGAGGAGAUUGCAGGACUGAGGAGGAGGAACCAGAGUCCCAGUCCAUGCAGGAAGCAGAGGAAUCAGGAUUAUGAUCGGUAUCAAGAUGAAGUCGAUAUCUACAGUUCGAGGCUUGAACCAGAUGCAAGAGGGAGAGUCAGAGAGAGGGGAAGAGACAGACGAGAGAAAUGCCGUGACUCUGAGAAUGGACGAUCAUCCAGGAGACAAUCAACAACAUCUGUCCACUCACAGAGUUCAGAUAAUCAAGGUGGGAAGCACAGACUUUCAAAGGCGAGAGAGCGAGGUGCAGCUGAACGCCCACAGACACAGGGAUGGAUGUCCAGACUGGAUGAGCAUGGCAAGUGGAGGAAACACUGGUUUGUUCUGGGGAAUACUUCACUGAGGUACUACAGAGACUCAGAGGCUGAGGAGUCAGAUGAUCUGGACGGAGAGAUCAACCUGUCAUCUUGUUUGAAUGUAUGCGACUGCGAUGUGGAGAAGAACUAUGGCCUUCAGCUACAAACAAAGAGGGCAGUGUUCACUCUCUCUGCUAUGACCUCCAGAAUACGGCGGAACUGGGUUAAGUUACUAAAGCAGGCGAUCCAGAACAACACGCACCAAUCAGACACCGGUAGCGAGAAAGAGAACCCCCUGUCCCGGCGCCUGUCGUCAUGCCAACCCCCUGAUCAGUUCACCUGCACCAACUCCAGAUAUGAACCUACCAGUUCCACCAAGCCAGCUGCAAACUCCCAUCAGGCUGACCGCCGCCACCACCGCCAAACUGUAAACGGGGAUCUGGAUGCAGACGUAUAUCCUGCCAGUCAAAGAGAAGAAGGAGAGGGCUGGGACCGGGAGCAAGCGAAGCGAUUGGAGGAGAGGAAUAAGUGGUUUGAGGAGGGGAUUCUCUUUAAUGAAAUGAGCAGCAGGUGGGACUCCAUGGAGCUGAAAAAGGGGAGUGUACCUGUGCCUGUAAUUGACACCAUAGACUCAGAGGUCAACAGGAAGUGGUCAGAAUUUGAGAGGAUGUCAUUUAGGGACAUGAGUGCGCAAUCUCUCAUUGGAGCCCAAGCUUUUCAGUCAAAUGCACCACAGGUAUCCCAGUCUCUAAUCAGCUCCCAGACUUUUCAGUUGAACCAUGAAGAGGCUGAGGAGUCUGGAGGAGUCACCGGCCCAGACACUGAUAUACAAAGCUCACAGAGGGCUUUUCCAUCCAUAAAUGGUGCCCAAAACAUUCAGUCGAACACAGCUGAAGCCCUUCAAAAAGAGGCCUUCUCUCUCCGAAAGCAGGUGGAGAGUAUUAAGAAGGAGCGUGCAGCCAUGGGGAUAAAGGUGGACACCCCAUGUGGCCCCGGGGCCCCAUGUAGGGCCACACUGGAGGCCAUGGAGGCAGCCCAUCAGAAAGCACUGCAGGAGCUCCAAGAGAAACAUUUAGAGGAGAUGAAGGAGCUGGAGGAGAAGAAAGACAGGAUGUUAAAGGAAGAAAGCCAAUUAGCUACUAAAGCUAUGGAGGCAUUAAGAGCAGCUCACAGAGAGGAACUGGAAAAAGAAGUGGAAAAGGCCAGGAGGUUGACUGGAGGAGCUGCACCUGUGGAGACUUCACACAAAGGGCUUGUGCCACGGGCAGAAGUCUUGCACAGCGAGUUAGAUGUGCUUUCAGAGCGCUACUCCCAAAAGUGCCUGGAGUUGAGUCACACUGAACAGAGCACCAAAAGCAGAGACGCAGAGCUUGAACGCAAAGACAGAGAGCUGGAGCAGCUUCGAAGAGAAAACCAGGAGCUUAAAACCAAGCUGGCAGAGGAGAUCAGUCGAAUGCGGUACUUCAUCACAGGACAGAAGUCAGACAAGGCGUCUCUUGGCAACACAGAGCAAACUACAUCACAAAUAGAGACUUUACUAAGAGCAAAAGAGAAUGAGGUGCAGUAUCUAAAGAAAGAAAUCAGCUGUCUACAGAGUGAAGUGCAGUCUCUCACUAAGGAAAAAGAGGCAGCGUAUGAGCAAUAUAAGGAGGCCUAUGUAGAGUUGAGUGAAAUGAAGGGCCGUAGCCACCUGGAGAUAAGCUCCCUCAAUGAACACUUGAGACUGGCCAAUGCUGCACUACAAGAGGGAGCGGGAAAAACUUGAACUAGCACAUCAGUAUUGUUACAAGUGUUUUAAAACCUGCAAGCCUGUACCGACCAAGACAACAUUAUAAGGCUAAAAUAAUAUAUGUACAUGUAUGUAUGUAAGAAUCUUGCUGGUUGAUGUAGAGGUUAAAGAGGAAACAUUAUGGUUCUUAUUGUGUACUUAACUGAAACCAAAA